GUAACAGCUGGAAACAAUGAGAGUGAGGGCCAAGAAGCAGUGAGGAAAACACAAGAAGAAACUUUGACUGGAAAAGUGGAGUUUUUAUACUGUGAUUUGGCUUCCAUGAAGUCUAUACGGCAAUUUGUGCAGCGGUUUAGAGCAAAGAAUUGUCCACUCCAUGUCCUGGUGAAUAAUGCUGGGGUGAUGCUGGUCCCUGAAAGGAAGACAGAGGAUGGGUUUGAGGAGCACUUCGGCUUGAACUACUUGGGACACUUCCUGUUGACUAACCUCCUCUUGGAUAAGCUGAAGCAAUCAGGAACGCACAGUCACAAUGCUAGGAUCAUCACUGUCUCAUCAGCCACCCAUUAUGUAGGCAAAUUGCACCUGAACGACUUACAAAGCAGAUAUUCGUAUUCACCCCAUGGAGCCUAUGCCCAAAGCAAACUUGCCCUUGUAUUAUUUACCUAUCGACUACAGCAUCUUCUGACUGCAAAUGGAAACCAUGUGACUGCUAAUGUAGUAGACCCUGGAGUAGUGAAUACUGAGCUCUACAAGCAUGUCUUUUGGGUUGUAAAGGUGGCCAAAUGGAUGACAGCCUGGCUAUUUUUCAAGACUCCAGAGGAAGGAGCCUCUACAAGCAUCUAUGCAGCGGUAUCACCCGAGAUGGAAGGAGCUGGCGGCUGCUACCUUUACAAUGAGGAAAGGACAAAAUCUGCUGAUGUAGCGUAUGAUGAGGAGCUGCAGAGAAGGCUCUGGACAGAGAGCUGCAAGAUGGUUGGGAUUUUGGAUGAAUCCAGCAGAGUUCCCUAGAAGAAGCCACUUUCAGCUGGGUAAAUGAAAUGUAUUGACAAGCAUCUUAGGUGAAUUCUUGCAGCAUCAGUCAUCAUCCUGGAAAUCACUGUUCAGUCCCAAAGGCAAACAUGAACAGCUGUGUUCUUCACUUGAACCCCUAAUCUGCUAGGGUGUGGGGGGAGUAUUCCCACAGAAAGAUGUAGUGGUUGGUUUUAAAUCUAACCAUCAGUUUUGUAAAUCAUGAUGUUUCAGUCUGUGAUUAAAAUACAAUCUUU